AUGGGCGACGAAAGAGAUGCUUUUUAUGUGGUGAGAAAAAAUGGUGUUGUUGGGGUUUACAAGAGUAUUGGCGAUCUCCAAGCUCUUCUGAAAUCAUCGGCAAAUGACCCUGACAUAAGUGUCUUCAAGGGGUAUUGCUUGUCAAAGGAGUCUGAGGAUUAUCUUGCCUCACGCGGACUUAAGAAUGCUAUUUAUUCUAUUGAUGCAAAUGAAGUCCAAGGAGACCUUUUCGGACAAGUCGUCACCUGUCCUUUUCGGCAACCAGCUAUCUCUUCAAAAGAGAAAACACCUAUCAAGAACGUCCCAGAAAAGAGAUUACCGGAGGUAGUUGGAUCUGCUUCAUUCUCCGACCACUCUCAUCAAAAGCAUCUCAAAGUAGAUAAUUUUCUUAGAGUGCCUCCAGUUUCUUCUUAUUGUUCUUCCUGUAUUCUCGAGUUUGAUGGUGCUUCCAAGGGAAAUCCUGGACUUGCUGGUGCAGGUGCGGUGCUGCGUACUGCAGAUGGAAGGAUGGUUUUUCGACUGCGAGAAGGUUGUGGCGUUGCAACUAACAAUGCGGCUGAGUAUCGGGGUGUUAUUUUAGGCUUGAAGUAUGCUCUUGAAAAAGGGUUCAAACACAUUCGUGUCAAAGGAGACUCCAAGCUUGUCUGCAUGCAGGUUCAGGGUCUAUGGAAAACUAAAACCCAGAACAUGGCUGAUUUGUGCAAGGUGGCCCGAGAGCUCAAAGAUCAGUUCGUCUCCUUCCAGAUUGAGCAUAUGGAAAGAGAAUUCAACAGUGAUGCUGAUGCACAAGCUAACUUGGCUGUCUAUCUCAAAAGUGGUGAAGUCCAAGUUGAAUGUGACAUAAAAUAG